GCACAGGCGACGGCACAGGAGGACUAUCGCAGCGACAAAGCGGUCGGUGGUGGAUUGCAGCAGGUUGGAGAUCACUGCAGACCGCACCAUGCCUGUCUCCGAGCUGUGCGCCGUGGGACUGAUCGGAUACGCAAGCGACAAAGCGCCGUAAACAACCAGCAGCUGAAGACCCCAUGAUACCCCCUUCUCUUGGCACAAUAACAUUGAUCUUAUUUGUUGUUGUUUAUUGACGCACAACCAGAAGGCUUUGUGGAUACAGGACCAGUGUGCUAGGGAACAUCGGACUGGAAUGCCAACAAGAAUACUGCAGCUCAAGGAUCUUGCUCGUAAUUCUACCCUAUGCCUCACCUCCUGAUCCUUUCACCGGACUGAAAGGCCCCAUCACUGGAAAGCUGGUUGAUGACCGUGACACACUCAUUCCCAAAGUCCUCUGCCCCUCCUCCUGUCCCCUCUUAGCAUGGCUAUACGGAGGUUAGACUGCUCUCUUCUAGGCCAGGUGUUUUCUGGCCUGCUCCUGUUAUCUGUUGGACUAUCCUUCGUCCAGAGCAAUGAGUGCCCCCAGCUGUGUGUAUGCGAGAUCCGACCCUGGUUUACCCCACAGUCCACCUACAGAGAAGCCAUAACAGUGGACUGUAAUGACCUCCGCUUGUCACGCAUCCCGGGGAACCUCUCCAGUGAAACUCAGGUUCUCCUCCUGCAGAGUAACUACAUUGCCAGAACCAGUGAGGAGCUUGAGCAGCUCUUCAACCUGACCGAACUGGACUUGUCUCAGAACAACUUCAGCAGUAUUCGAGAUGUCGGCCUUACCAAUAUGUCCCAGCUCACAACUCUUCACCUGGAGGAGAACCAAAUAACUGAAAUGCCUGAUUACUGUUUGCAGGACCUGAGCAACCUGCAGGAGCUCUACAUAAAUCACAAUCAGAUCAACACUAUCUCCGCCUAUGCCUUCUCUGGGCUCCACAACCUGCUCAGGCUUCACCUCAACUCCAACAAGCUCAAGACCAUUAACAGCCAGUGGUUUGAGUCUACACCCAAUCUUGAGAUCCUCAUGAUUGGAGAGAACCCUGUUGUUGGAAUAAUGGACUUUAAUUUCAAACCACUGGGCAACCUCAGAAGCCUGGUUUUGGCUGGGAUGGACUUGACAGACGUCCCUGGAAAUGCCUUUAUGGGACUUGACAAUCUUGAGAGCCUUUCUUUCUAUGACAACAAGCUAGUACGAGUUCCUCAGAGAGCCCUCCAGAAAUUACCAAACCUCAAGUUCUUGGACUUGAACAAAAACCCAAUCCACAAGAUUCAAGAAGGAGACUUCAAGAACAUGCUCCGACUGAAAGAGCUGGGCAUCAAUAACAUGGCAGAGCUGGUUUCUGUUGAUCAGUUUGCCUUAGACAACCUUCCUGAGCUCACUAAACUUGAGGCCACAAACAAUCCCAAAUUCUCCUACAUCAACCGCCAGGCUUUCCGGGAUGUCCCUGCCUUGGAGAGUCUAAUGCUGAACAACAACGCCCUGAAUGCCCUCUACAAAUCCACAGUGGACUCCCUCCCAAAUUUACGUGAGAUCAGCAUUCACAGCAACCCCCUACGCUGCGACUGUGUCAUCCAGUGGAUGGGCUCAAACAAAACCACCGUCCGCUUCAUGGAACCUCUGUCCAUGUUUUGUGCCAUGCCAGCGGAGGUAAGGGGUCUGCAUGUGAGGGAGGUUCUUCAGAACCACUUAGUUAACAUGUGCCUACCCAUGAUCUCUCAUGAUAGUUUCCCAAGCCAUCUCAACCUUGACAUUGGCAUGACAGUAGACCUGGACUGUAGGGCCGUGUCCCAGCCUGAGCCUGAAAUCUACUGGGUGACACCAAUGGGGAGCAAGGUAAUGAUGGACUCUGUGUCAGACAAGUACAGCCUCAGCAAAGAAGGGACGUUGAGAAUUUCUCAAAUCCAAGUUGAAGAAUCUGGCAGAUACACCUGCGUGGCUCAAAACUCAGAAGGAGCCGAUACAAGAGUGGCGACAAUACGUGUGAACGGGACUCUGUUAGACAGUCCUCAGCUUCUGAAAAUCUACAUCAAACAAGCAGAAUCUCACUCAAUUCUGGUCUCCUGGAAAAUAAACUCCAAUGUAAUGACCUCUAACCUUAAGUGGUCGUCUGCCACCAUGAAAAUAGACAACCCACACAUCACAUACACAGCCAGAGUACCCGUAGAUGUCCAUGAGUACAAUCUCACGCAUUUACAACCAGCGACUGAGUACGAGGUGUGCCUCACCGUCUCAAACAUCCACCAACAAACGCAGAAGUCAUGCGUGAAUGUGACGACAAAGCAAUCAGCUUUCACCGUCGAAGUAUCUGACCAGGGCACAAACACUGCUCUUGCAGCGGUCAUGGCGACGAUGUUUGCAGUCAUAAGUCUGGUCUGUCUUGGAGUAUACAUUUCCAAGAGGUGGAAGAGAAAAAACUAUCACCACUCACUGAAAAAGUACAUGCAGAAAACUUCAUCAAUACCUCUAAAUGAGCUGUACCCUCCUCUUAUCAACUUGUGGGAGGCUGACAGUGAAAAGGAGAAAGAGGGCUCGUCAGAGGCCAAACCCAGUCAGGUGGACACUACACGCAGCUAUUACAUGUGGUGAAAGCUACCGUCCAGCGGGAGAUACAGGGACUAGUUUAUUUUAGGAGCACAAGUAAACAUACAUGCUUCUUCGUGUACAAGUGAACUGAGUUUUUUUUCCCCGUUUCUAUUUUUUCUUCACUUUUUUCAUACUUUUUCUUUGAAUUGAAUUACAAGCUAAGAUUUAUAGCUCUUUAGUUUAGCAUACUGCCUUUUUCUACCUACAUUUAGCAGCUUUCUUCGCUGCCUGGACUUAGUAUUCAUUGUGCUUUAUCUUUAGUACCUGUUUUAAAUGAACACAGCAUGAGCAUUGUCACAGAUGUAGCAUACAAGAGCAGAGAAAGCGCUGAGCGUCUGUUCACGUUCGAACUGUUCGACUGCAACCUUUCUUUCUCUUGUGAAACAGUUUUACUGUCGACUGUUGUGCACUGAAAUAUAUACUAAUUUGUCUAUCAACACAAAUAUAAGCUAAACAAAAGUAUGUUUAGACUUGAUAUGCUGUCUAUUGAAUAAUGUUAGCUAUCCCUCUGUAAUGUUGUAUCAGCUAUUAUUUAAAUUAUUUUUUGUACAUUUAAAACAGUAUGUUUGGUUUAGUCUUAAAGGUUACAGAGCAGCUACUGUAAACCAGCAAUAGAAUAUGAAUGUUAUGAAUUAGGUAAGUAAAUGUAAGGCUUUGGAAAUUUCUUAAAUAUUGUUUUUCUUAUUUUGCUACAAAAU